CUGCUACAGCUGCUGCUGCUCUGGCCUCUGCCGCCGCCGAGUUCCUGCAGCCGCGUCCCUUCGCACUAGAGGGAGGGGGAAGUGGGAGCCUCUCGCUCCGAAGAAGUUGGCGCAGCCCCGGGAAGGAGACGGCCGGGCAUCCGGCGGCAGAGGCGUUCAACCUACGGGCAGAAUUGUUCUCUACUUGAAGACACUAAGAUUAAAUAUAUCCAGCAAAACCCAGAAUAUGUGUGGAAAAGCUUGAUUUUGAAGGAGCAUCUCUUCUAGCACUGAGAUUCUUCAUUUAAGAAAAAGAAAUUGAAUAAUUGAAAUUUUACCAGUUAUCUCAGAUUCUUAUGCACUCCAGCACCCCUAUAAGUUCUCUGUUCUCCUUCACCAGCCCAGCUGUAAAGAGGCUGUUGGGCUGGAAGCAAGGAGAUGAAGAGGAAAAGUGGGCAGAAAAGGCUGUUGACUCCCUGGUAAAGAAGCUGAAGAAGAAAAAGGGUGCCAUGGAGGAACUGGAGAGGGCGCUUAGCUGCCCUGGGCAGCCCAGUAAGUGUGUGACAAUCCCACGCUCUUUGGAUGGAAGGCUGCAAGUAUCUCAUCGCAAAGGUUUGCCACAUGUCAUUUAUUGCAGAGUGUGGCGGUGGCCUGAUCUACAGUCUCAUCAUGAGUUAAAGCCCUUGGAAUGCUGUGAAUUUCCAUUUGGCUCAAAGCAGAAAGAAGUCUGCAUUAAUCCUUACCAUUACCGAAGAGUGGAAACCCCAGUGUUACCUCCAGUGUUGGUUCCAAGACACAGUGAAUUCAACCCACAUCUUAGCCUCCUUGCCAAAUUCCGGAACACAUCUCUUCACAGUGAGCCACUGAUGCCCCACAAUGCAACUUAUCCUGAUUCUUUCCAGCAGCCUCCCUGCACCCCUUUCCCAGCAUCCCCCAAUAUAUACUCUCAGUCACCGAGCAGUAUGAGCUACCCAGACUCUCCAGGAAAUUCUUCUGCACCAGGAAGUCCUUAUGAGCUCACAGUUGAUACACCUCCUCCACCUUAUCAUGCCAGAGAAACACCACGAAACCACAAUGGAUGCCCUGUGCAUGCAGUUACGGACAGUCCGUUAGUGCUAUCAUUGCCCAAUGGAGACUUCCGACCUGUUUGCUAUGAGGAGCCACAGCACUGGUGUUCAGUUGCUUACUAUGAACUCAAUAACAGAGUAGGAGAGACUUUUCAGGCCUCUUCUCGAAGUAUACUAAUAGAUGGCUUUACAGAUCCUUCAAACAAUAAGAACAGGUUCUGCCUUGGAUUGCUGUCGAAUGUUAACAGGAAUUCUACUAUAGAAAACACCAGGAGGCACAUAGGAAAAGGUGUUCACCUGUAUUAUGUUGGGGGAGAGGUAUAUGCAGAGUGUGUGAGCGACAGCAGCAUUUUUGUACAGAGCCGCAACUGUAACUAUCAGCAUGGUUUCCACCCAGCCACUGUCUGCAAAAUCCCCAGUGGAUGCAGCUUGAAGAUUUUCAACAACCAACUCUUUGCUCAGUUGCUUGCCCAGUCAGUUAACCAUGGCUUCGAGGUGGUGUAUGAGCUAACCAAGAUGUGCACCAUCCGGAUGAGCUUUGUUAAAGGAUGGGGAGCUGAAUACCAUCGCCAGGAUGUUACCAGUACUCCAUGUUGGAUUGAGAUCCAUCUUCAUGGACCUUUGCAAUGGCUAGAUAAGGUGCUGACACAGAUGGGUUCCCCACAUAAUCCAAUUUCCUCUGUUUCGUAAGAAUCAUCUCCACACGCUAGGGGACGAAUACUGCUUCAGGCCUUGGCUCGUAGGAUUCUCCCCUAAAUUUCUGUAUAUAGCUAUAAAUAUGACUGUGUAUGUGUGUGGGUUUGUGUGUAUAUAUAUGAUACUAUUAGUGUUUUUCAUGCUGUAUUACAUGUUUUAUUAGUUAAUAAGAUGGUAGUAAGUUCCAUUGUGUUCUGUCUAUUGAUGAAGCUAUAGAAAUAUGCCUAAUUGCCUAUUUUUUGGUAUGGAAUGAGACCAGUGUUGCUCGCACCUUGUAAAAUAAUUAUAUAUCGAAGUUAAAUUUGCAAAUAAUAAUGCUGUUUUCAAAUGGAGCAAGUAGUAUUGUCUAGAAUCCACAGGGACAAUUUCUUGAUACCAUCAUGCAGAUGCUUCUGGAAACUCAGAUCAAAGUAUCUGUGCUUCUCCAUUUUGUUCCUGGCAUGUGGAUCUUAAGAUAAAACUAUAUUGUUUGUGAUUACAUAGGUUGCAUUUUGCACAGUUGAGUAACAAUUAUAAGCCUGCAAAUGCAACCUCCUCCAAAUACCAGGUAUCUCUAUCCUUGCUUUGGAAGAGAAAGCUGAGACUGAACUAUACCUCCUGCUCUGUGGUACAAAAAAAAAAAUCACCUAUCUAAUUCCCAGAAUUACUAAAUUGUGUGUUUUCCUGAUUCCUCUUUAUGUUGUUCAGUGACAAUGAGGCAGGGUGGGAAGAGGGUAUUUGAAGCUGCUAUGGUUAAAAUGUUUAAAAUCUAUUCUUUGUAACAUCUAGAAUGACUUACUUCUGCCCAGCUAGCAGGGCACUGUAGUCCUUCACACAUACUUCAGCUGCAGUGGAAGGGAAGACGUAUACAACAUCUUAACCCCAAGACAUGAAUAAUUGUCCUUGGAUGUUAUGGGCCUUGAUACUAAAAAUGUAGAGUUGACCAUUGGCAACUGCAAUUUGCUUAAUACAAAACAUAGUUGUAUCUUCAGAUUCAUAUGUUGCCAAACUUCACUCAAACUCUUAAUCAUUUACAAAGUAAAUUGUGUAGUAUUUCAGUAAAAAUAUUACUUCUUUCCUCCCACUCAUCCUAGUUAUUGAUAAGCAUAAUCAGUGAGGGUAAUUGUCAUCUGCAAUGAUCCUGAGUGGAAGCUAAUUCAUAUAUUGUUAAUAUGUGCUAACCUUUGCUUCAGUUUAACCUGUUACUUAUUUGAUGAGUCAUUUUGUACAUGGAUACUGAAUGAUAAGAAAUACACUGGAAUAGCCCAAAAGUAUGAGUUGCUGCAUCAGUGUGCAAAAGGGAUUGAGUGUAAUAACAAAACUGAAAAUGCAUUUGCCAGAAGAGGAAAAUCAUCUGAUAGCACUUAAAUACUUAAGUCUAAGUACAGCAUCUUUGUACAAUUCUGCUAAUUAGAGCAUCAGUUUGGCUCAGUGUCCUGUCCUUGAAUGUACUAUUACUGAAUUAUUAUUAUUUUUUUUAAAAAAUAGUCUUCCUCUGGGGUACCCCUGUCAAGUCCAACCCUUUGACAGAUAGAUACCUCCCCCUCCAUUGCUAACCUAGAAGCAAGUGAUUUAUGGAGAAAAAUAGGUUAAUGACAUCAGAUUGUGAAAGCAAAAUACCUUAAGAGGAUGAGAGUGGGAUUUAGGUCUCCUAUAUGUAUGGUUCUGUGGGAUGUCUUUUGAAGAAUUAAAGAUUUGGCAGGAGAUAAGUUUUGGAAAACUGAUAAAGACUGUGGUUCUAUUAGAAGUUUUAUUAUUCAAUUGCAUUGCUAAAAUGUAUCAACUAUAACUGUAUCAAAGGGAUAGCUUCAUAGCACUGCCAAAGAGGUAUCCUAUAGCACCUUCCAGGUGAAUAUAAUUUUGUGAACUAUAAUCAAUUGAAUUAGAUGUUUGAAAUCUUACCUUCUGCUUACAGGUAAAUCUAGUGCAGCUGGAAGAAAAACCUAAAUUAAGACUAAUAAUAAAAUGAAAGAGUAAGUCUUAAGCCCUAUAGAAUUAUGAUAAGCUACUUUUGAAUUUCAUUCCUUCUUAAGUUUUACAAUUUAACGAAACUGUAUGUGCAGAAUCAAUAUUACAUUACAAAAGGGAUAAAACUGGCUUAGAAAAAAAAGGUGCAUAUGUAUUCGUCAUAAGCUGCCUUUGCAUGACACACUGAACCACAAACUAGCUAAUUAUAUUUAGCUUACUGUAUAGUGCAAACCCAGCCUACUUGUCCAAUUUAUAGUUUAAGGUAUUACAUAUAUAGAAGAAAUUUGGUUGGGUAAACCAUGGGUAACUUAACCACAGUGUUUUGUGUGAACACAGUCAUAAAGUAAACAGUGCAUAAUAUUUGUUAGGAUAUGCAUUCAUAGUAGUUCCUUUAUACACUUGUGAACAACACAUUUAUAAACAUAAAUCAAAAAUGCUGUUUCAAAUAAAAAUCUCAAUGACAUCUACUGCAGUGUGAUAUCCAGUGUGAUAUUUCUGGAAUAGGUAGAAUAAGGAUUAACAGAACAGGAAAGAAAUAGCUAAAAUAUCAGAAUACAAUGUAAAAGAACUAUCCUGGGAACUUGUAAACCAAGAGCCCUGUUCAGCCAUGAAAAGUGGGUGAAUGCAGCACAUACAGAAAAAUAUUUACUGCUGAAUUGCAGUUGAAACAUUCAUAUGACCACUUCUUUCAUAAUUCAGCUGAUUCAGCCUGCAUAAAAAUGGUCCCUUUAGAUAGAUCUUUCUGUAUCCAGAUGUUUUUGUAUAGCUGUUAACAAGGAUGGACCCUACAAAUCUAAACCUUAACCCACUGAUAUUAGAGCUUCAGGGUCAAGGAAACCAUGUAGUUUCUGCUGCAGCUAUAAUCAAGUUAGCAAGGUUGAGUUCUACUUGGACUCUUCAAAGAUGUGUUUCAGACCAUUGCAUGAUUAUUGGGAUUGCAAUCUAAAAUAUAUAUAUACAGGAUUGCAACCUAAAACAUUCUGAAUAAAAUCUACAAAUUUUCCCUGAUUUAUUUAAGUAUGGAUACUUGAUAAGUAUCUGCAGAACUAUGCACUCUUCAAAACAGGCAGGAUCCAUAUUCAUACUUGGAGGUUGACCCAUUGAAAAGAAUGACUAAAACUCUCUUUAGGUGUCCAAAUAAAGUGUGUGGGUAAAAAUAGGGAAAACCACUGGCUCUCUUAAAAGACAUUAAAUUUUUUAAACAAAGGUUUCAACCUAGAUUCAUAAAUUAAAAUUUGAGAAGCAAUGAUGUUUUCAGAAUGUGGAAAAUUAAAGGAAAACGCUAUUUACAGUGCCUUUCUUGUAUCAUCAUUACUUUGUAAUGGAUUGAAUACAUUUUCCCACAAAAUCUCCAGCUAGCAACACAUGUAAACAUCCAAGCAUCUGAGUAGAGCAAGCAGUGCUCUGAAAAAUAGGUGCUUUGAGGAGGUAUUACCUAAAUAAUUAUUGUAUAUACUACUUGUAAUAUAAAUCUAGAUCAAGUAUCAGAAUUGGUAGCAUAUCAAAAGUAAUGAACGUGAUGGGUUCCCCCCCUCAUAAUGGAAUUAAGACAAGAGUAAGAGUAGCACCUAUUUACUCUUGAAGCCUUUUUCCUUAAAUUAGGCUAGAAUGGGAUUUUAUUGACUGAACCAUACAUGGAUGAAUAAUCCUAAAGUGAGGAGUGGGAUGCCCAGGGGCAUUUGGUAUGUGUUACAUGUGGUGUGGGUUACGAGGUUCAGUGAAUGGGUGCUCUGGCCUGGGAGGAUGGAGUAAAUGGUGGGAGCAGGUGGGGGAAUGUGGGGUGGUGGGAUGCACUUUGGGCCACCUGCCAUGGGGGCUUGAUUCCCCAGAGGCCACUAAGUGCUUAUUGCAGGAGAGGCCAAGAGUGCUGGGAGCCUUGUGAGGGAUAGGUUGAUAGGGACAUUUAGUGUGAUGUGUGCAGGGAAGUGUUAGCCUUGUAAGGUAGCCCAGUCAAGAAGUACAACUAUGAGUACUAGUUCUAUCUUUAUUGUAAGGUUGCAUUAACAGAAUCUUGAGGCCAGGUCAGCUCAGGAAUUCAUGGCCUCCAUAGUAAUCACAGGCCUUUCCCAAGUCAUUUAUGGCCCAACAUUUGACAGUGGCCACACACUAGAUCUACUUUUUGCCUUGAGGUCAUUGCACUGUGAUCCAGUAAUGGAGAACGUUAGUAGGAGUCCCCCCUUUUGGGGGGGAGAUGGGCGAUAAUAUAAAUUUGAAUAAUAAGUAAGUAAAUAUCAAUCCAUUGCUGUGGACAGACAGAUCACUCAGUUUUCAGUCAGAUGGUGUCAUCUCCACCCACCCCUUUUGUGGGAAGAUGGAGCCUAUUUGAUCAGCAUGCCAUCAGGCAACUGAUGGGCCUAAUGGGAUUCCAGAGGGAGCUUGGCAUUUUCCCUGGGGAUCCGAUGGGUAGUUCAGUUGAGGCCUUAGAGAGGGAGGCCUUGGACUGUAUUGCUGCAGUGCAUCUCUCCCUGUGCAUCAAUCCCAGGAUGUGCCUUGGAUUACCAAGAAGAACUGGGAGAUAAAGCACAAGAAGAGAUGCCUAGAGAAUACUGAAGAACAAAGCCAGUCUGAUUGAUCAUGGGUAAGAAUCCAUAUUUGGGAUUACCUCAUGGAGAUAAGGGCAAUGAAAUAACAAUAUUUUUCCACCCUUAUUGCAUCUGCUGAUAGUUGCCCAAUGGCCAUCUUUAGGGUGACCUGGUCCCUGCUGGGGAGAGACAGGUCACAGGAUCAUCUGCAGGGCCACAGUAAAGAAUAUUCUGUUUGGCAGAUAUAGUCGCUCAGAUCCGCUUGGAGUUGGAUUUCAACUGGGCAGGUCCAAUUUAGGUGCUUAGGGCUCAGUCUCAUUAUGCAACUGGGAUGAGUCUAAGUCAGUGACCCUUGACAAAAGGACAAGAUUCUCUGAACUGUUCAUUCAGCCACCUGUUUAUUAGAUCCAGGUCCCUGUUGGGUUGUUAAGAUGGCCAGGGAGGUGACUUUUAAUUGAGUCCAUGCUGUGGUGUUAGCUUUGAGAGGAGUGGUGCCUUCAGCCUUGAAGGAGGCUGUGGUGUGCCGCCUCAAGAAGCUAUCCUUAUACCUAACAAUUCUGUAGGGAACAUUGUUGACAAGGUGUCAGACUGAAGUUACAGAGAACUCUGGAGGAAGGGAAAUUAUCUAGACCACUUGUCCCCUUGUUAGAUGUGGUUUUGCAUAUAUAGUGCAUCGUUCAGAUGAAUGCUUAUAGCUUAUAUUGUAUUUUGUUCAUAUUGUAUUUUGUAAAUUGUAGCUUUGUUUUAAAUUGUGAGCCACCCAGUAUCACCUUGGAGUCAGGCAGUGUCUAAAUAUAAUGAAAUAAAUAAAUAAAGGACUCUGGUACUGAUAUGAAAUAUUGUACAUGUCUAUUCAGAACUGAAUUCCACUGAAUUAAAUAGGGCUUAGUUCCAGAUAAAUGGGCAAUGAAUUACAAGCUGAAACUACAAUAAAUGCCUCAAACACUAGACAGAGCUUUAAAUUAUGGUUAACUGCCAAGACAAAAAUACAAUUUAGGAUUGUUAUUACAGAUUUAAUAAAAUAAGAAAAAUUAAAAUUAUUCAUAGGUUUAACUCAGCUCAUUUGGAGAUACAAACUAUCAUUUUCAGUCAUGAUAGCAGAACAGACAUUUGUUUCUACAGCAUGAAGCUAGGAACUAGUAUUUUAGUUUUGUUCUUCAAACAAGGCCACAGCCCAAUCAUGCCCUCCUCUUCCUCUGAUCAAAAAGGCAAAUCAAGACUGUAAUGUUGACAACUAUGAUAAAUUUUUAAUGACUAAACACUUGCAACAAUAUGUUUACAUCCACUUUAAGAUAAAAUUUUCCAUCUUCAAUUAUGAUAGAUAAAUUAUUUCUAAACUUCUAAACUAAUAAUCUCUUUUGAGGAUCUGAUGGUAUUCCAUUAUUAUGAACAAGAAUCUAUGCAAUUAUUUGUGAUUAUUCAUGUGUAGAACUGUUACCAUAAACUCUGUCUGAAUCAAUUAAAAUAAUCACAAACGUCUAGAUCCCACCAAUGUUUAAUUCUUCGCCCUUUGCAUUGCCCAAUACUCUUAGCCUACUUGCACUAACCAUUUUCUUUGUCGCAGUAUAUUCACAGAACUUCAUUUUUUUUAGAAGCAAAUAAUUUUUAAAGAAAUAUUUAAUAUAACUAAAAUAAUUCUCUUCA